AUGGUGGCCACCCUUUACUCUUCUUCUUCUUCUGCAUUUCCAUUGCCCCUUCAUCAAUUUUCACAUCCAAAACAAAGACUUUGUAGUUCGGAAAAGCUUAGAAUACUUGGCAAAAGAUCAAAUUCUAAACUGCCGAUGAUCACUUCGAGUUAUAGAGAUAGUAAAGAUGGUACCAAUGCCGAUAUUGAGUCGGGAAAAUGGCUUUACCUUGGAAUGGAUUUUGGGACGUCUGGAGCACGUUAUGCUGUGAUUGAUAAAGAAGGGAAUAUAAACGCGGAAGGCAAGAGAGAGUACCCUUUGUUCAUGAGUGACGAAUCUGUGGAUUGGUUGAGCUCUUGGAGAAGUACGCUCUUUUCACUCCUUGAAGAUGUUCCUGUUGGUCUUCGAUCACGCAUUGCUUCCAUUUCUAUUGAUGGAACUUCGGCUACAACUAUGAUCAUAAAUAGCAAAACUGGAAAACCUUUAUCAAAGGCAUUUCUCUACAAUGAGAGUUGUGGUGAUGCUUUGCCAAUGGUGAAGUCCAUUGCUCCCGAGAACCACACGGUCUGCUCAGGAUCUUCCACUCUAUGCAAGCUUGUGUAUUGGUGGAAUUCUUCUGAUGCAAAUAAGGAAUCUGCAGUAUUGAUGCACCAAGCAGAUUGGUUAUUGUGGCUUCUUCAUGGAAAACUUGGAGUUUCUGAUUACAAUAAUGCAUUGAAGGUUGGAUAUGACCCGGAAAUUGACUCCUAUCCGGCGUGGCUAACUGUUCAACCCUAUUAUUUUGCUUUGCCGUCAAUUCAAGCUCCUGGUACUCCGAUUGAAUUCAUGAAGGAGGAGAUCAGAAAAAAUUUUGGAUUCCCAGACAAUUGUGUUAUCUGCACAGGAACAACUGAUAGCAUCGCAGCCUUUCUUGCUGCUCGUGCGACUCAACCUGGAAAAGCUGUCACAUCUUUGGGUUCAACACUUGCUAUAAAACUUCUUAGCACAAAAAGAAUAGAGGAUUCAAGAUUCGGAGUGUAUAGUCAUCGUCUUGAUGACAAGUGGCUCGUUGGAGGUGCCUCCAAUACUGGUGGAGCUGUCCUUAAACAAAUUUUUACUGAUGAACAGUUAGAGAAACUGAGUGAGAGGAUAAAUCCUAUGGAACCAUCUCCUCUUGACUACUACCCUCUUCAAUCAGUUGGAGAAAGGUUUCCCAUGGCAGAUCCAAACAUGGAACCUAGGUUGCAUCCACGUCCAGAAAAUGAUGUGGAGUACUUGCAUGGUAUCCUAGAAUCCAUAGCUCGAAUUGAGGCAAAGGGGUACCAAUUACUGAAGGACCUUGGAUCAACCCCGGUUGAAGAAGUAUUUACAGCCGGAGGUGGAUCAAAAAAUCCAAAUUGGAUCAAAAUUCGAGAGAGAGUUUUGGGCUUGCCCGUUCAUAAGGCUCUCCAGACAGAAGCUGCGUAUGGAGCUGCGUUGUUAGCCCUGAAAGGUUCUGCUGCUUCGUCAAGUUAA